AUGGUCCGCGAGGACCUGGUCGAAGGCGCCAUCUCCUUCCUCCAAGAUCCCUCUGUCGCAUCGGCGCCCAUCGAGCAACGCGUCGCCUUUCUGCGCUCCAAGAACCUCACCCAGGAAGAAAUCGACACUUCUCUCGCCCGAACAGGCCAAUCGCCUUCCCCAGCCACAUCGACAACCUCACAACCUCCACCACAAUAUCGACAACAACAGCAAUACCAACAACAACCACCCUACAAUAAUGCCUAUCAACCCUAUGGGACUUGGCAACAGCCUCUCCCCGAACCUCCGCGCCGUGACUGGCGAGACUACUUCAUCGCCGCGACCGUCGCUUCAGGCAUUGGCUACGGCUUAUAUUGGACUGCCAAACGCUAUGUCUACCCCUUGAUCGCCCCUCCCACUCCACCUCAGCUCGAACAAGACAAAAAGAGCGUGGACGAGUCCUUUGAGAAAACAUUCCAACUCCUCGAACAACUCUCCGCCGAUACCGAGGAGCUCAAAAACGCCGAAGCACAGCGCAAAGAGCGACUAGACGCAGCCCUCUCGGAAGUAGAGAAUGUCAUUGGUCGGAUGAAGCUCGCCAACGAGGAGCGCGAACAAGAGGCGAAACGCAACGCCCGAGAAUUGGGCGAACUGCGAGAUCUGAUUCCCAAAGCCAUUGAAAAGGAAAAACAGGCGCAAGAAGAGCGAUUGAAAGAGUUGGGUACGGAAAUGAAGAGUCUGAAAACUCUGGUGCAGAAUCGCAUGCGAGAUGGUGUAGGCUCGACUCCCCUCCGACCUUCCACGCCGAGCUAUUCAUCUUCACAACAACAACCACCAUCGCAAAAUGGCCAAGUGCUAGGAAAUGGUACUCCUGUGCAACAAUCGGACGACGUUCCCUCCCCCUCCUCCUCCUCUUCUCCUGCUGCCGAAAACAGGGGAAAUUCCUCGCCAUAUACUGCUCCCGCGAGCACUUCUUCCUCAUCAACAACAAACUCGAAUCCGUACCAAUCCCGUUUGUUGGGAAAUAGUGCGGGCAAAGCUGCGAUUCCCGCGUGGCAAUUAGCUGCGAAGAAGAAGUCGGAAGAUGCAAAAGCUGCUGCUGCUGCGUCAAAUUCCACUACUACUACCACCACCCCCACGUCAGGCACACCAGCGACGAGUGAUGUAAAGGAGAGUGGGACGGUGCAGGAUGCUGUUGAUGGCUCGUCUGCAUGA